ACUGGCUGGGGCUUGGAGGGAAGUUGGGCUGGAGAUGGACAGGAACAGUGGGUGCAUUUCAGGCAGGCUCUCCUGAGGUCCCAGGCGCCAGCUCCCGGCUGGGGAAAAACUCACCUCUCAGCCUGCGUUGGGGGCCCAAGCUCCAGGCAGAGUGGGCUGGAUCGCUAGUGUCCUGGAUCUCUCUCAGACCAGGCAGCCCUGGGCUCAUUGUAGUGCCUGGGAUGACUUGGCUGGUGCGGAGGAAUUGAUGGUGGAAACCACCGGGGUGAGAGGGAGGCUCCCCAUCUCAGUCAGCCGCAUCCACAGGGUGUGCUUAAGGCUGCAGACGCCGGCUGGUUAGGCCAAGGCUCUGCUGUGUGUCACCCCUCUAGAACCUCCAAGGAGGUGAGGAGUGUGUGAAUGCACCUGUGUUGGAGCACGGUGUCCCACUCCGGCGGGUCCCCAGGGCCUGAGCAGCAGCGAUAGCCCUGUGACAAUGUGAAGGGCCACAGAACUCUUGUAUUCCACAGUCUGGGGCAGCAGAGAGUGGAGAUGGGAGGCCUGUCCUUCCGACAAGCAGCCGCUUCCACUGUCUGACAGUGGGAGGUCACCCGCACUGUAGCAGAGGGGUAGGGGGCGGGUACUGCCAAGGAGGAGCUUUGGAGUGAUGGACAGGGCAGGCCUGGGACCCUUGGUCUUUUCCAAAGCAUAGUUUCCUUUCGAGGUACUAUUCCAAAGGUAGCAGUGAGGAUGGCGCACGUUUAUGUGGCUGGGCCACUCUGUUUGUCCGUGGAGUGGAGAGGAGCCACGCUUCUGCCCUCUCAGAGGCCCAGAUGUGCUCACUCCUAUUUGGGAAGAGAGAAGGGGCACAGCAGCCCUGCAGGGUCCCCUGGUUCUACUCGUGUUUCUGGGCUUCUGCUGGUAGGGGGUGCCACCUACCCAUUUGCCCCUGGACUUUCUUUCUCCACUGCCCACUUUCACCUCAGCUCAGGGGAGGGGCCCUGGCAGGAGCCACAGGGCAGGAGGGUCCAAGCCUGUCCAUGCUGUCCUGGGAGUGUCUUGAGAUGCCCCUGGGUGGGCCGCCCCGUAGUCAUCCUCCUCUCCCCCUCCCCACUGGCUCGAAGGUGGGACUGGGGAGGCUUCAUCAGAGGACUCUAAAGGAUUUCUGGGGAUUCUCCACCUCUAGACCCUGACCCGGGAGGAGGAAGGGGAAGGAGGCUGGUGCUGGGUGGGAGUGGGGGUGGUGUGUGCUUCAUCCUCCCUCCGACCAAAAUCCAAAUCUUAUCUCUAGAUCUGGGGGCUGCAGUGUUGUGUACCUGCCACCCUUAGCCUUGCUGCUUUGACCUGUACUGUCUGUUCUGAUCCUCCUGAGACUGGAAGCUGGGGGUAGGGGACACACACACUUUACUUUCCAUCCUGUUCCUCGGGAGCCCAGCAGGGGUGCAGGAGGGGAAGGCAGGCAUGAGGGCAGGUGGAGUGGGGGCAGAAGCAGGGCCAGGGACAGAAGGUGGGUUCCUGUCUGGGAUGGUGGUGCAAAAGCUGAGACAGGCUGGGAUGGAUGGAGGCCAGGAUGCAGGGCUACCGAAAUCACCUGGUCCCAGCUGGCUCGGGGGUUUGGACCACAGUUCUUUGUGCAGGAGUCCUUGGGUGUUUGGGGAGCGGGUGUGGGACACUUAGGGUGAAGGGAGGGAUUGGCUGUUUGUAGCUCAACAGUGGAACAGAGCACUGUCUCUGAGGUCUCUGGCAUCACUGGCAGGGAGAGGGCUGGCUGGGCCAGAAGCCCACCUCAUCCCCAGUGCUCAGAGAACGGGGUCCUCAGAAGUGGUCCUGCCCCCACUUUACACAUAAGGAAAUAGGCGCAAGGAGAGAGGGAUGCCCAAUGGCAGGCGCUUCGAUGAGUCCGUGUGAACGCUGCUGCGUGCCCAGGGAAUGAUGGUGAGAAGCAGGUGGAGGCUGGAGCGGGCAGCAAGGAACUGACAUUUCUAGGUCCGUUUUUCACUCCUUGGUCAAAGGCAGGCUCUCUCCCUGGUCAUUACCAGGAGCCUGGCUCUGGGCAGCAAAGAACUGACAUUUCGAGGAGCUCUGCUAAGGGCUGGGCAGCAUGUGAGGGAGUUCACAGACACCGUCCCAUUUUCACAGCCCUCUGAGGUCGAUAACACAACCCCCACUUCACGGAUGAGGAACUGGAGCCCAGAAAGGCUGUCAGCCCUGGGAAAGGAAGGGCAGGGCACUGGGCUGGGCAGCUGGCCGGGACCGCUGGGGUGAUGGCGUUCGCUCUGCUUCCCGCAGGUGGGGUGCCGGUGAGGAGGGGUCUCACCAGAGGGGGGCCGGGAGAGCGCGCUCUUGCCUCCGUCCUCAGACCAGUGCGUCCCUCCCAACCUCUGACCUCUCUGAGGCCAGGAGAUGGGUUCGGCUUCCUUUGGUACCUCUUUUGGAAGUCUCUUCAGACAAACACUGGAGCACCCUAGGGUGCUGUGGUCAGCUCUCCGCAAACAUGGCCAACAAGGGUCCUUCCUAUGGCAUGAGCCGCGAAGUGCAGUCCAAAAUCGAGAAGAAGUACGACGAGGAGCUGGAGGAGCGGCUGGUGGAGUGGAUCAUAGUGCAGUGUGGCCCUGAUGUGGGCCGCCCAGACCGUGGGCGCUUGGGCUUCCAGGUCUGGCUGAAGAAUGGCGUGAUUCUGAGCAAGCUGGUGAACAGCCUGUACCCCGAUGGCUCCAAGCCGGUGAAGGUGCCCGAGAACCCGCCCUCCAUGGUCUUCAAGCAGAUGGAGCAGGUGGCUCAGUUCCUGAAGGCGGCUGAGGACUAUGGGGUGAUCAAGACUGACAUGUUCCAGACUGUUGAUCUCUUUGAAGGCAAAGACAUGGCAGCAGUGCAGAGGACCCUGAUGGCUUUGGGCAGCUUGGCAGUCACCAAGAAUGAUGGGCACUACCGCGGAGAUCCCAACUGGUUUAUGAAGAAAGCACAGGAGCAUAAGAGGGAAUUCACAGAGAGCCAGCUGCAGGAGGGAAAGCAUGUCAUUGGCCUUCAGAUGGGCACCAACAGAGGGGCCUCCCAGGCCGGCAUGACAGGCUACGGACGACCUCGGCAGAUCAUCAGUUAGAGGGGAGAGGGCCAGCCCUGAGCCCUGCCCUCCCCAGCUCCCUGGCUACAGCCAUCCCGCUUAGCCUGCCUCACCCACACCUGUGUGGUACCUUCAGCCCUGGCCAAGCUUUGAGGCUCUGUCACUGAGCAACAGUAACUGCACAUGGGCAGCUCCUCCCUGUGCCCCCAGCCUUAGCCCAACUUCUUAUCUGAAAGCAUCACUGCCUUGGCCCCUCCCUCCGGGCUGCCCCCACCACCUCUACUGUCUCCUCCCUGGGCUAAGCAGGGGAGAAGCGGGCUGGGGGUAGCCUGGAUGUGGGCUAAGUCCACUGUCCUCCUUGGCAGCAAAAGCCCAUUGAAGAAGAACCAGCCCAGCCUGCCCCCUAUCUUUUCCUGGAAUAUUUUUGGAGUUGGAACUCAAAAAAAAAAAAAAAAAAAAAAAAUACAUCAAUCUUUUCUCAGGCCUGGCUGGCAGAGUUUGAUUUGCUCUGGUCACUUCUGUUAGGGUUCCAGAUCUGAGCACAGGACAGGCAGGCAUCUCAGGCUUGUAUGUGCUUGGCACCCUUCAGGUGCCAAGAUUCUGGGGGGGUCAGAUUCUCAGAGGAAACAGGCCAUAGAAGAACAGGAGAGUAAAUCUUGGGGACCGAAGGGAAAAAGGAGCCACUCAGCAGUGCGCAGCGAUUUUGGGGAGACAGAGGAAAGGAGAGACUGCAAGUGGCAGAAUUGUUUGGAAGGUUUUUAUUUUGGAAAAGCUGUGCAGAAAAAAAUUCAAGAAAAUGUUGCUGUAAGAAGAGAAAAACAAAUCUUAAGCAUUAAAAUAAAUUCAACCAACUAGCUCAGAAGAGGGGAGAAGGCCAAGGUUGAGAGAAGAGUCACAGCCUGUCAGGCAGAUAGUUGGCCUCCGGCGGGAAGGCCAUUUCCCUGAGCACUUGCAGAGGAAGACAGGGUGGUGGCAGGACUGGAGUGGCGGUGGCUCCCAAGGCUCUCUCCUCCAACACGCGCGUCUGCCAUCUGCUCUGCAGUCCUGCCGCAGGAUUCCCUAGUGAAGCAGCUCAGGCCUGGGGGAGCCGUGUGUAUCCCAGCUGUGCCAGCAGCAUCAUACCAAUCGUGGGGGCAGAGGUGAAGGAGCCAGGGGUUCAUUCAAGGUUGGCUUCUGAUCAGGCAUCUUGGGAAUGGAUGAUGGAGGUAGCCGCUUUCAGGACAGGCAUGUCCAGGGGCUCCUCCCAGCCUCUACCCCAAAGUCCUCUUCCCAAGUGACCCCAGUGACGUUUCCAUUGAGAUGCGCUCCUGGCUAUGUCAGGCAUCUUCUUAACUCAUGUGUGGGUGGGGGUCCCCCAUGUGUGGGGAACCUAGGCAACCGGCUUGGCCCAAGAGAGAUGAGGAUGGAGGCAACCCACAGGGGGCACCAAUCCCCUGUCCAACACCUUCUCACCGAAGUUCCCGUUUGGCUGGAGGAAGACCCUGUGCUCUGACCAGACUUCUCUGGCAGCAAUCCUCUGCCAUUUGUAUCUUAAGAAGGCCCUCACCCUCUUUGAGUGGCGUCAGAGGAUGCCUCAGAUUCCAGAUGUAAGCAUCAGGGCUGCUUUCUCUCAAGAGCUCCCUAAUUUUGGGAAAGAAGAGCCUGUCCCACACUGUCAGGCCCUGAGGUCAGCAGAUCUGCUCCUCCUUCCCGUGCAGUAGGUCUCGGUGCUGAUGAGGGCAGUCCAGGGCGCUCUUGUUCUGAGACAGGCUCCAGUCCCCUUGCUCCAGCAGGUCUGGGACAAGGAGGUCAGAGGUGGUGGAAGGGCCCCUGCUCUCUGUUUCCACUUCGUCUGGAUCCUUCCUGCUGCAGAGUGGCACUGAUUCUAGCUCUGUCCCUUCCUCCUUGGCUUUCCGGCUCCGAUGGGGCCAGUGGCACGGUCCACUCCUACAAACUUGGUUGGAAGCCACAUUCCUCUGGCUCAAAUAUACUUCCAGCAUGUAGUAAACAGUCCAGAAGACGGUGAAACAGCCUACCAGCACCAGGGUCUGGGGUUGAGGCAAGUACCUACGUGAGGCACUGUUUCCCGAAGCCUACAGCCUUUCUCAGCCCAGGACAAUGAGCUCAGGAAGUCUUUUUCCUUCUAGGGACUGCCUUUUUCACACAAACUCUUCCCCCUCCCCACUCCCCCGAAAAGACCUGUCCUAUAAGAGUUAGGCUAGCAGGGUAGGAGCAAUGCUACGAAACCACUGCUGGGACCCAGGUCCUCCCAGUCCUUCGCCACGCGGGUCACCCUGAGAAGCACGCUAAGAACUCCAUCCCCAAGACAGGACAGUCCCGUCUACCCGCAGCUUGAGUCUUGGCCCUAGUACCUUGAGGGUGUUGGGAGUGAUGGCGUAACCAUCUUCCUCAGGAAUUUUCAGCCCCGGUGGGCAGGGCAGGGCGAAGUCAUCAUGCAGGUAUUUUCCACUCAUGGCACUCUCUAGCAGGCUGUGGAGAAGAAAAGAGAUGAGGAUGCCCCACUGACUGUGGUUCCUGUACCAUCUGCCCUCACCCAUCUUCCCCUCCUACAGCUGAAGACAGGGAAGCCCCACAGCAGAAAGGAGAGGCCCAGACUGUGAGUUCCCAGCCCAGGGCUCCGUCUCCCGGCUUGAGGCUGGAGCUGGGAAACACAGCUGGGUUCAGAGGGCGAUGGGCUCCCUAGGCGGCCCUUCCCCUGUGAGUGGCCUUCCAUCUGACACAUGCAGCUUUACCCACCUUUGUCUGUCCCUGAUGUCUACUGGACUCCACACAGAGCCAUAUAGGGUCAGCUGCCAUUGCCGGAGGAUGCCAACCUGGAAUGACUCAUCCCCUAGGGCAGCAAGGGGCAGCUCGUGAGCCACGCCCCUCUGUCAGCCAUGCCAAACAGCAGAGGCCCUGCCCACCCUGCCACCCAAAGGGGCUCAGGCCACAUGGUCUGCUCUAGGAGCUGCCUCACUCUGUCCCACUGACCCCAGGGUCUGCAGAAGAGCCUCACUGGGGGCCCCUAGGGAUGGAAAAGGUUGAAAGAUUGUACUCCAGAGCAGAGUCUUGCUUUUCUCUCCCAUAUUUUGGGGGUUCAGCUGGGAUUCUGCUUGGAAAAAAUGUCUUUCUACCAAAUUAAAGAAAGCUUUGAAAACCA